GGUCGUCCUCUGUAGCUGUGCGGGAUUUUUGCUCUCGGCCGGUUCGAGCUCGGCGAUGUCGAACAGUUUCUUCAUCUGCUCAUUGGAAAUUGACUUCUUAUAAACUGCGCCGGCAAUGUUUCUUGUCUUCCUGAGGUCUUUUACGAUUGCUCUAGUACUUUAUUUGCCUCAGUAAAAGCGGGGUCAGCGACAGCGCAAAACGGUUUGUUGUGCGGCGGCGAGCGAGGGAAACGAUCAGUCGCGGCUCUUGUGGAUUUUAGUGAUAAACUUUUGUAAUAGUUACCAUCUUUCUUCCUCAAAGACGUGUAAAAAUACUUCAGAGAAACAUUCAGUUCUUCUUUUGACAUUUCUUCUGCCGAUUUUGAAAAUUUGGUGCCACCAGCACUGAAAGCUAUUCUGUAACAUUAACGUAAACAUUGUUGUUGUUAUGUAAUCUCUAUGAAUGGGUAAAAUCUGAAUCUGCUUUUUUGAUCCAUUUUUUUGUCGACGAAACUUGGCUUCCCGCGAAAAAGUUUAUGCCGAGCGACAUUUACCGCAUUCAUUUCCAUAUAAGGUCAACCGCAGGUAUGGUGGCUGGUAACCGAGGUCCAGUGAACCAAUCAGAAAGCUAGAAUUGCACUAUCCGAUGUUGAGAAUUUAAUAAUGUCGAAAUAUACAACAGCUCUUCCGUAUUGAUUAGCUUUAUUUUCUAUGGCAUGGUAUAAAUAAUGAUAUCCAACAGAAUUAAAAAUGGAUAGUGUGUUUAUUUACUUGUUUGCUUUGCUUUUGCUCGGAUCGCGUUUCAAUAUAGAUGCCAUGGCUUAUCGUGGCGACCUGAUCGGCUGUACUAUCAAGUUCGAGAGGAUCACGAACGGUAAAGUGCCUGUGGCGUUCACACUGAAUGGAAGACGAAUCACGGAAGAUGAGAUAUGGAUAGACUACACUCCGGGCGGGAAACUAAUGUACCCUUACAUAGGCAUGGGUCACCAAGGAAUAAGAGUGUUGGCCAAGAUGCGUCCCAGUAGAGAGAUCACGGAUGAACAGCAGAUUUUCCGCCCAAUCACAAGGGAAAAAGGCUCACGUAGCAGCGAUCUUCAACUUGAGCAACAGGUUAUCCGGAUGGCUUUAAAUGAUAUAAAGGUGAUGAAGGAAACUGUCGACGCUGACUGCAACACAUUCAAGAAGGAAAUGCAUGAAAUAUCGAUUCAUCUGGAAAAGGCUAAAAGAGAAUCAGAGGCACUGGAAGGUAAACUAGAUUCCUCCUUCGAGCGACUAAAAGAUAUGUUUCUUGAGGAGAGACCGCAAUGGGUGGAGAGUACGGCGCCUGAGCUUGACCGCGAAGUUAUGGCGAGGUGGGAUAGGAAACUCUUCGAAAAAGAAGAAAAAGAAAGAAAAAGAGAAGAACCCAUCAUUGUCGAUCUUUUGAGGAUGAUUAGACGGGAACUGGAGGAUCUUGGUAAGAAGACAAAGGAAAACACAGACGACAUGUUAGAGGAAAUAAAACAGCUUAAGAAUGACGCACAUCUUCAACAUCUUUCUCUGAAGUCAAAGAACGAGGGCCUUGAUAAAAAAUUCCUUGAGCUGGAAGAGCUGAUUCAGGGAUGCUGCACAAUUAAGAAGAUCUCAUUUUGGAUACUUGAGGGCUCCGAAGACUGACUGACUGAUCGGCAACAAUCUGUAUCAGAUCCAGUGAUUUAUUCUCUUCGGGGUGGAUUGAGCGAAGUCGAUAUUUCUAUAUUUAGUGGCUUGGAUAUGUCAAUUCUUGCGUGUUCCAGCGAUCAGGGAGAUAUUUCUAAAUCAAAACAAGGCAAAAUGCUGUUUCGUUAGAUACUUAGUUUGCUUUUAUGUUAACCUUUAGAUAGUUAACAGGAGUUUUUAAUAGAUAAGACGGUUUUUAAAAUGUUUGCAACCAAAGGGCGAGAUGUCCCCCUUAUGACGGGCAACUUCUACAACCAAAUUGUCCGUGUCCACACCCUUACUUGUUUUGUAUAUCGAGAUUUGCCCGUCAGGACUUCUCGUCACUUGUAGUUCUUCAAAGGGGACUAUCUAACUUCUUCAUUUCGUUAAAGUUACUUUCAACAGCGCAGUUGGACGCAGGACAUGUCGGCAAAGUUAUCAGAGUAGCAAAUAUUAUUAGUUAGAACUGGAGGCUCGCACCCUUGAAAACAUUCUAGGGCUUUUCAAUCUCUCUGACGUUCCAUUUGUGCUUUCAUCUUGUGAACUCAUUAUUAAAACUGGUCCCUGCAUGGCGACCUACAGUCUCUUCUAUAAUAGUUGCAGAUAUCGCCACUGACUCUUAGUAUGAAUCCCUCAAGGUUAACAUGCGUCGACAGUAGUGUAAAACGUAGGGUUUGAACUUGAUUUCUCCAUUGAAUAGCGUUUUUGAUAUUCUCAAAGAUUUUUUUCCAUAUUCUCUAAUGUAAAAUCACGAAACGAAAUGUAAAUAACACUGUCAAACCAGCCAAUUCAAUCACACACGCUGUUUGAAAAGUUUCAGUUUCCCUUGGAAUGCCAGAGGUUCGUUCGCGCUUGCUAAGUGGGUAUAUGGUCGUAACGAGCCUGCUAAGUUGAUGUGUAAAUUAAUUUGUAAUGAGUGUAUUACACCACAAUGUAUAUAUAUACAACGCGCACGAGUGUGUCGGUUCGUUAUCUCCCUUCGUUUUUUUUCCUGGACGAUUUUGAAAGGCUUGUUUUCACUAGCGACGAAGUUGGUGUCGGAGUCGUAGUCGGAGUCGUAAGAGCACUUACGACCUAGUGUUCCCGAAAUCGAGCAUUUUGACUGGUUUAUUCUUCUGCUUCUGCUUCCU